AUGAUGUUCCUGUUACUGUUGCCGGGAAUGCGCCCCGCCUGCGCGCAGCAGACUGUCAUCACCCCGGCAGACGAGGUAAACCGUAUCGUUUAUGUCGCCAACGCCAUAGACCGGACGGAUAUGACCCAGACGCCGGAACGGGCGGCUAUUGCCGUUUUUAUUAUCAAACUCUAUUCGGUUGACAAUCCCUUGCCCAGCGAAGUUCCCUAUUGUCCCAAUCCCAGUCCCAACAACAACCCGAACUUCCCGUCCGGCACGGCGCUGCGCCUGAUCGCGCAGGCGCAGGCGAAGUAUGACCGGCUGUACCGGGUCGGAGGUGAUCUGAAGUUCGCGCUGCAACCCUACGAUGUCGCCGCCGCGAUGCUUGGACUUCUGUCCGAACAGACCGGCAAUCCGGUGGCAAACACCAUCACCAUUGAAGCCCUCAAUUUCCAGACCUGCGUGGGUCAGCGCGUCAACGACAACCAGCCCGCCUAUCUGCAGCAAAGCGACUAUCUCGGAGGCGGCCGCGUGGCGGGGGCUUUUCGCAAACCCCCGCGUGGCGUCGGUCGUGGACGCCUUCUUCGGCCCGCUUUUCCAGUGCAGCGUACUCGACAAUACUUUUACGUUGCUCAACAAAAAUCCGGUUCUGCGCGACAGCCAGAACUUCGCGCCGUUUGUCAGCCUGAUACAGACGGACGGGAGCAUUGUUGUCCCGGUAACCCUGGUCAACAAUCGCCCCACCUACCCCGCCUACGCCACCGCAGCCUGGCCUUCAACCAGCGGAUGAACAGCGUGACGACGACGGCCCUGAACACGCUUGCCACCAUCACCGCGAUCCAGAAGACCAACUAUGCGGCCUACUAUUUUAACCCCGACCCCAGCGUUCGGGCGAGCAUUGCUGCUAUGGAUGCUGUCAACACCCCCAAACUUCAGAGGGCCCAGGCGGCGGCCUACGCCUUGCCGCUCUCCAUUCAUCGCGAUCCGAAAUUUGUCGCUUAUCAGCAGACCGUCGCCGUCUUGAAUGCGACCGCCGAGGCCGCUUUCUUGGGUGGGACGCUUUGCAAGACGUGCAACGUCCUGAAUCCCAUUGACGCCAUCGGAAGCGCGUUCGAUGUCGUCGGACACGGCGCUCUGCUUGCCGCCCGCUCUUUGGAUGUUCUCGCCACCUUCGGCGUAUUUGGCGCCUCGGAUGACGAGGUUAUCAUAGAUGGAAUCAAUCAGUUGAGCGAUCAGCUGAACAAAUUUCAGGUUCAGAUCAAUGGACGCCUCGACAUCAUAGACGGCAAACUCAAUACCAUUUACACGACGAUGAACGCGCAGUUCGGCGAGGUCAAAGAUUACCUGGUUAACAUCAACACGAAUAUAGUCGAGGUGCAGAAUCAAGUUCGCGGGGUGCAGUUGCAGCUCAACACGGUCGAGUCCGACAUCUACCGGCUGUCUGAGUUUAUCUAUAACUUCUCCAACGAUUCGCAGCGCAACAGCACGGGACUGAUUAGCUCCCUCGACGAGAUAGACGGCAUUUCGCGCAAUGGCAGCGCCAUUGAUAUCAACGAAUAUUCACGGCUGUAUGGCAUCGUGAAGAGUUACGCCCUUGUCAACAGCAAACAGACGGCGGAAGUAAGCGACUGGAACACCGGCAAUCGUAUCUACUCCGAUUCUGCGCUGAUUAACGAGCUGUCGCUGGGGCCCUUCCCGGAAUGGAAUAUCAAUUACAUUCUGGAGUUCGCCCGCCGCAAAUGGGAAUUAACGCUCGGCCCGGCAAGCGGCGUCGCAAACCCUCGCGCCUGGGCGAUGAGCGUUACGUCCAUGAUGCGCCUCGCGGCGGCAAAGCCCGACUUCUUUGCGCAGACGACCCUCAACGACGCCGCCAGCGCCGGGGACGGAUUUUACGGAGCGCGCAGCGUAGGCAACGACAUCCGGCAGGCCGUUGCCGAUUGCGCCGUUCGAUACAACCCCGCCACCUCGCACUACGAGAAAAGCCUGCUGUUCCGCAAUCUGAUGGAUUUCCAGCAGACAAAGGCGACCGCGCUGAACGCCGCAAUCACGGCUGUCGAAACUGCCGCCGGGGGAACGCUGGCGAAUCAGGUGGCAGCGGUGCGAACGCAGUGGAACGCGCAGACCCCGACCGCGCAGGGAGCCGUUCUGCAAAACGCCGUCAAAGAGUUCGAUGGUUCGCGCCGCCUGCUGGAAAAGUUCACGGAACUGGCGCUUUCCCGCUCUGUGGCGCAAAACACUUUCCUGUCCGGUUUUCUCUACAGCCCGCAGCGUCUGCCCGACCCGCUUGUCGUCAAUAAUCCCGCAGAGACCAAUCCGGCAACGGCGCAGUCGCUCUAUGGCAAGUACAACGGCGGAAGCGCCAAUCCCAAAGAUACGUUCAACACGCUUCAGUCCCAGCGCUGGAUGGCAACCGAUACCCUCCUCCAGUCCCUGCUCGAUUUCACUGUCGCCAACACCACUAGUGACAACCCGGUCGGAGAGCCGCUGGCGGAGGUGGAAAACCUAAUCCAGCGCUUCGGCUUCUUCACGCUCUCGCGCAUCGCGGGAAGGGUGCAGCCUAAACCCGGUCAGGGCCAGUUCAUUCCCGGCGAACCGAUCUAUAUCACCUUCCGCAGCCGAACCUUUAGCCAGCCCACGCUCACGAUUACGACGACGCUGGACAGCAACAACGCUUUCCUGAUCGCCGUGCCUGCGGACGCCUACGACGUGCUGAUCCGCACCGCUAAGUACCUUCAAAAAGGCGUUUACAAUGUGGAUGCCCGUAACGGAGGCAUUGCGCUCAGCACCGGGCGCAUUGACGUGCAGCUGACGGUCGGCGAGAUUUACUUCGAUAACCGCAUUGACACUCGCGACCUCAUUGCGCUGCGCAACGCCUGGAUGAGUACGCCUGCCAGUCCGAACUGGAACCCGCUCGCCGACCUCAACAGCGAUGGCGUCGUCAAUCAGGCCGAUCUCAACCUGCUUCGCUCUCCCGGCGUCUGGGGACAGGUCGGAGACCACACGCUCCAGUUUGCGCAAAACUUCGGGGGCACGGGCAAGCCGUUUCUGUCUACGACCCCGUUUUUCGAUACCGACUUGAGCGAUUCGUAUAACGCCAACAGCGGAACCCUCUCGCUCAACUUUGCCAACUUCACGCCGGGCGCGACGCUGGGUAACAAUGGCCCGGUCACGCUGGGGCAGUUCCAGGUGCUGGUGCUGAAAGAACCCAACUACCCCAGCGACGCCUCUUUUGGCGGUCGCAUCACGCUGAAUCCCACACUCGAUGCGCCGCCCUUCGGCAGCGGAGUGCAGUCGCCCCCCGCCCUGCUGAAUUUUCAGGGACGCCUCGCCAAACCCGACGGGACGCCCGUCGCCGACGGCAGCUACUCUAUCCAGUUCAGCCUCUACAACGCCGUGACGGGCGGCGCGCUGCGCUGGCAGCAGACCAUCAACCCGGCAGCCGUCCGCAACGGAUCGUUCGCGGCGCAGUUGAAUGUCGGCGCGAACUUCCAAAACGGCGCCACGGCGGCGACCCUGUUUAAUGGCAGCCUCUGGCUGGAGAUCAAGGUCGGAACGGACGGGGCGCUCGCGCCCCGGCAGCAGCUGGCGAGCGUGGCCUACGCUCUGAAAGCCGGAAGCGUGCCGGACGGCAGCAUUACCGCCGCGAAACUCGCUCCCGGCGUCGGCGGCGCGAACGGCGCGGCGGGCGGCGACCUGACUGGAACCUACCCGAACCCGCUUCUGGCAACCCUGACUUCCAGCCUGUACAAAGUCUCUGGAACGCUGUUGUCCGCGCUUCAAGGCGGCGUCGCGGGGGUGGAUGUCGCGCAGACCGCCAUCACGGCGCAGAAUCAGGACGAAGCGUGGCAGUCGUUCACCCCGACUCAGAGCGGCAGCCUGACGGCGCUCGAUCUUUAUAUAGGCACCACAACCGGGAUAAACAAGACGAUUCCGCUGACAAUCUAUUCGGGCGAAGGCACGACAGGCGGCGUCCUACGGCAGGUUUCGGUGACGAUAACGCCGCCUAUGGGCUUUCAGAACCUCACGAUUUCGCCUCCCGUCGCGCUGACCGGCGGGCAGAAAUACACCUACUAUAUCGGGCGCAGUUCCAGCCUUCAGUUCGGUUAUGCCAGCAGCGAUCCCUAUUCGGGCGGCACGUCCGACAUCGGCGCGCCCAUAGAUUACGCCUUCCGCACGUACAUGAACACCGGGGCGAGCGGGCGCGUGAAUGUCAAUGGCGAUUUCACAACUAGCGGUUUUCUGGGCAUCGGCGGCAGUAAAGUCCUCGAAUUCGGCUUUGGCGUCGCGGGCAAAGAGCCGAACGCGGGCAAGAUCGGCUAUCAGGCGUUCACGGUGGACGCGCUCGAUAUCUUCGGCGCGGGGCCAGACACUACGAGCCGCAAGAUCAAGUUUUGGAAUGAAGGCGGCGCGGCCUUUACCGGCCCGAUUCAGGCGGCAGCCGGAAGCGAGCUGUUUUUCGCGGACAACGGGCAGAUUCGCAGUUUUGACAACAACCAUCGGAUUAUAUUCAACCGGGCCGGGAAUCAAAUGGAGAUGCGAGAGUUCGGCGAUCUACUCUUCUCGCCCGGCGCGACGGUGAAGGUGAUAAUGCAGGCAGGCGGCAACGUCGGCAUCGGCACGAUCACUCCGGGGGCGAAACUGGAUGUCAACGGGAACAUCAACAGCGCGAACGCCAUCACGGCGAAUUCUAUCACCGCCAGCACGAUCACCGCAACCGGCGCCCUUAACGCCGGUUCCAUCACCUCCGGCGCGGCGGCGACGGUGGACGCGACCUCCACUAUCCUGAUCAAUCAAACUGCGGCGUUUCGCUCGCUGACUCUUCCCAACCCCACCAAUACCACGCCGGGGCGGACGGUGCGCAUCGUAAACACGGGGAGCGCGAAAUUCCAGGUUCAAUCGGCGGUUCUCAUCGCGCCUCAAAUGUCAAUGUCGUUCCUCUGGACGGGCAGCGCCUGGGUUCCCGAUACAAACCAGAAGCGGGUGCUGACCGGCACGGUAACUAUCGGAGAUAUAGGAGCAACAUCGACUGGUUCUUUGCCAUUCACAGGCGAUUUCCAGAGCGUAACUUCUAACCACGUUACGACGCAUAUCACACUGGGAUGGGGUUUGCCCAACUACGCUGUGGUGGUAUCCGCUUUUACCACGGAUGGAAACAACUUCAAUGACACAGCCGGUAUGAAAUAUCCGAUAACCGGCAACGCCACCUCCGCGGCUUUCGACCUCUACAUAGCCGAGAAUUACGGUGUCCAGACUCUGCUCGUAAAGAUCAUGGUCAUCGAACUGUAA